AUGUCCGGAGCCCAGCAGGCCGACUUGCGUCGGAGAACUGCAGACCAGUCAGAAGCGCCGCCUAGCGGAGUUUUCCAACCACCUGUUGCCCCUCCUGGGACAGCGGAGUCUACCGAGCCGAAACCGACGGAAAUUCCCGAGUCCAGACGAACGGAACCUUCGGCAAGUUUCGUGCCGCUCCCGAAGGCCGAGGUCGGGCUGUGCGCGACGAUCUCCCUCUGCGUUAUCGGCUACAUGUUGUACUGCACUUACAGGUUCUCGGAAGAUCACAGGAAACAGCUGAAUGUACAGGACCUCGCUCCGGGAUGGACUCUUCUGGGCAGGAAGAAAGACAUCCAUGACAUAGAGUGGCGAGAGUGGACCAAGCGCAUGCGCACAGCUUUCCCCCUGUACUACCUGGGUCACGUGAUGCUGGGGGCAGUCACAGGCAGGCUGAUGCCAAAGGCUAAGUUUCCCCUGUACGGCCUGUACGGCCUGGCUAGCCUGACCCUCUGCCUGGGCAUGAGACCAGCAGGAGUGGUGCUGUUCCAGGCUGCUAAGUUUCCCCUGUACGGCCUGUACGGCCUGGCCAGCCUGACCCUGUGCCUGGGCUGGAGACCAGCAGGAGUGGUGCUAUUCCAGGCUGCUGUGUUCUUCCUGCUGUCCCGACUGCGGAGACCGGCGCUGAUCUGGGGGUUCGCCAUCGUCGCCAUGACUACGGUAUACAUGGAGCCGGGAAAUACGUGGCACUACAACCUCCUGACGUCCUACGCCAAGUACAACCUCUACAUGGUGACCUUGACCCUGUCCUGUCUGCGGGGGGUCAGUUUUGCCAUGGACCUUUGUAGGGAGACGGAACCAAACCCAGCCAGUUACAGCCUGCUGGACCUGCUAAACUACAACUUCUACUGGCCGAUCCUGACCUCAGGACCCAUCAUCAACUACCACAGCUUUAGGCAGCAGAGGUUAUCUCAGGACGAGGCAGGGUUGCAGAACCUUCCCAUGGUGCUGUGGGGCCUGGCGCGGCUUAUGUUUUGGUUCUUGUGUGUGGAGGUUUUCCUGCACUACUUCUACAUCCACGCCAUUUGUGUCAGGAUGGACAUUGUGGGGAAGGCUUCAGUGUUCACGCUGUACGGGCUGAUCUACGCGCAGGUGCAGUUCUUCCACGUGAAGUACGUGGUGUUCUUCGGGCUGGGCUCAACUCUCGCGAGACUUGACGGGAUCUCGGCCCCGCCCCAGCCGCGGUGUGUCGCUACGGUCUACCAGUUCGCGGACAUGUGGCGAUCGUUUGAUCCAGGACUGUACAAGUGGCUGGUGCGCUACAUCUAUUGGCCGCUAGGGGGCUCCCGUAGCGGCCUGCUGAGGCAGAUUGCAGCCUCCAUUGUGACGUUUGUGUUUGUGUACUACUGGCAUGGCGCCUCCCACAACCUGUUCGUCUGGGCGGCGCUGCAGUUCAUCGGCGUUCUGCUAGAGACCCUCACUAGACGGUUCAUGCGGCUGCCAGCUGUUAAGGAACUAGAGAUGAAGUACCUUAGUGCGGAGUCCUCACGGCGCCUGCGCAUGUUCCUGAACACCGGGCCGUUCGUCGCGCUGAUGAUCUCUAACACUUAA